AUGGGUCGAAGUCAAGGCGAUCGACUGUUGGCAAUGAAAGUGAAAGCGCAACACCAUUUGGGAAGUGCCAAAUUCAGUUCGCCCACAACACCCAUCAAGCCAAUCCAUCUGAAAUCCGUGGUUGCCACCACACCCGAGAAAUCAUCCGCCAAACCAACGACCUCGUCCGCAGCGAUCACCGAUCACAGCGGCAGUAGUGGUGGUGGUCAUGCGGGUCGGGUGCAUGCACAUGCACAUACACAUGGCCAUCAUGCAAAACGACUACUACAUUGUACAAUGCAGGCUGUUCCUCAACCAGUGCCGGUUAGUGCCUUGUUUGUUUAUGCUUUUUGGUUUUUCGACUUAUUCAUUCUCAGGUUUUAA